AAAGUGAAACAAGUCAAAAUCAAAAUGAAAUGUUAAAAACACACACAAAAAAUAUGUAUAAAAAUCUACAAGGGAUUUAAAUAUUCAAGAUGACUACUAUGGAGGUGCCGGAGGUUUUAGAAGUUUACUGCGAUGACACGUGUUCACCAGCAUUUUCAUCUGCGGCCGUAAGCGACGCUGGUAAACCUGUUUCUAAACAAUCCUCAAAAACGCAAGUUAACCAAAAUUGUUCCUGCCGAAAAAAAAUUGAUGAACAACCAAAAGCUGAUGCUAAAGUUUUAGAAAAACUUAUAAAAAGUAAAGAGGAUGAACUAAAAAAGGAAUUUGAAAAGCGCAUGGAUAAAGAAAUUGCCAGUUUAAAGGAACGAUUUGAUUUUAUAUUGCAGAAUGAGCAAAUGAGAUCAUCAUACAUGCUUCGUGAAGCUCACAGGGAGAGACAAGAAAAAAUCACAGCACUGCAAACCCAGUUAGAAUGUAAAAACUUAGCAGGACUCAUGUAUGUAAUGUGUUCGGAGAAAAGAAAAAGUAAACUAGAAAAAAUGAGGAUUAUAGAAGACUAUACUAACUACAUUCAUUCCUUGCAAGACAUUUUAACGGAAGCUCAAAGUUUAAUAUUACACUUAUCCAGAGGAUAUAAAACUGCUGCUAGAGUGGACCACGAUUGGCGGAUUAAAAUGACUAAACUCAUAAAAGAGUUCCAACUUUACGUUUACAAUUACGGUGGUGGUACCCCUGAAUCGAAUCAGUACUUGUUCGAUCUACCAGCUCUAAUGAAGAUUGAGACUCCAGUCGUUGAUAACCCUGACGAAGAUCCUUGUGAGGCUGAAGAGGAAGUCGAAAAGGAGCCAUCAGCAAAAGAAGAAGACAAAAACUGGUGGGACCGCCUUGAAGGUGAUACUAGGCCAUUCAUCAUGUUUGGAGAUAUGGGAGAAUUUAAGCCGCCGCAACGACGUGAAGUCUUAAAGGCGGUGAAAGCGAUUAAAACAGCGCCUACGAAGUGGAAAGAAUACGUGUUCAACGAAAUGCUGGUCAAAGCCGAGUGUUCAAACGCGGACAGCAUCAAAGACGAGUACCCGAAGCGCCUCGGCACCGUUACCAAAUGGGAGUGCCAGGCUGUGCAGACCUCGGAGGCUGCUUCCAGAAUGUCUAUCAUGAAUCGUCGCAUGACUGGACAGAGCAUCGACAUCCGCGGUGACAUGGGAUCGAUACUGAAAAUUAUUACUUCACAUGGCACCAACCAACCGUCGACGAAGGCAACUUUGCUGGCAGCCAGAGACUCCAUGGAAAUAGCUUCUACUACAAAACUACGCGAAAAGAUCAAGCGUUCCGAACAAAACAAAGUUGUUAUCAAUGUUGGUAAAAGAAGGACGUCUCACUUUGACGAGAUUUCAGAAGAGGAAUAUGACGAAGAUACAACAGAUGACACGACACAAAACAUAGACGAUGAUGACUUCGACGAAUCUGCGACAGCACUCGGGAGCGUGCAUAACGACAGCCUACAGAUGAUAAAUUCUCACGUUCCUGAUAAGGAUCAUAAGAUCAAUUAUGAAAAGGUGUGUCCGUUGGAGAAGUGUCAGCGCAUGCAGGUGGACUCGUUCAUGAAGUCGCUCCCACCGUACAUGCGCGCCAAUCCAUUCACACAUUUUGAGCAGACCUUCGAAGAAUACGAGACUUGUUCACCAGAACAACUAGAAAUCCUGAAGCGACGUAUAGAAGAGUCAAAGAAGAAGGAGCGCAGGGAUCUGGACGCGCCCGAGUCAGAUCCGUUGGCUGAAUGGACCCCCAGCGUGGAAGGCAUUGCCGUACAGACCUCGGCGCUAUCCAUGUCCCUCCCUCCGUGCACGUGCAACGUCCCGGGACCAACUCCCGUGUCCAGCGUUGGGAAAGUUUAUAGAAUGGACGAUUUGAUUCCUGUGAAAAUGGCGCUGGAUAGAAUUAACAAGGAGUGCUUCUACGAUCCCAAAAUAGAAUUUGACAGAUUCAAAGUGAUCGGCGAGGAUUCUAGCGUUAACUUAGACAUAAAAGACAAACAAGAGUUCAGAGAAAACAGAGUCCAAGAAAUCCAAAACAUACUCAGACAGCAUCCGAGUUUACUCGACAUAUUCCAAGCCAACACACGAUGUUAAAGAAAGAUCAAUCUUGUAUAUUUUUAUUUCUAAAUCAUAAGUAACAAACUAAACUAAUAAAAAUAUUGAAAUACA